GUUUAUAUACCCGUACGCAUCCCACUAAUCCCUCACAAGCCCGACCACUACUGGCCUACCUAUUGCCCCGGUUACCAAAAUGCCUCUAGAGCUCCAAGAAUUUAACGCAGAGACCGAUUUCCCGGCCAUUGCCAGAUGUCUCUUCGAGUCGUACGAAGAUCCACCCCAGAAAUUUUUUCAUGUGUUUUUCCCGACUCACGGAACGGGGGAGAAAGCUCGUGAAGAUGCUAUCGAAGAAGCCGCUACUCGUCUGAAGCUCUGGCAUACUCACGAUCCAUCAAGUCACUGGCAGAAAGUAGUCGAUACCGAUACCGGCAAGAUUGCCGGUGGCGCUCUUUGGAAUAUUCAUAACGAGAACCCGUUCGCGAACCCCGCAACGGUACCGGUGACUUGGUUCCCGGAUGACGGCUCGCGCCGGUUCGUUGAGAAGGCCCUUCAGAACCACUCAGCCCCUAGAAGUCGAGCGGCGCAGAGGCCACAUGUCUAUCUGUUCAUCAUCUUCACACACCCGGAUUACCGGCGCAGAGGCGUUGGGCAACAGUUCAUGGACUGGGGUAUGAAGAAAGCAGAUGAAUUAGGAUAUGACUUCUUUCUAGACUCGACUCCAUACGGGAGACCUCUGUACGAAGCAAACGGCUUUGUUUAUGUCGAGGAAAAUAUCAAUAUACCGAAGACGGAUAAUCCAGAUGAGAAAUGGAAAGAUGUGGAGGAAAAGGUUGGACCUUUUACUUUUUGGCUCAUGUGGAGACCUGUUGGCGGGAAGUACGAGGAAGGGAAAACCAUCAAGCCAUGGGAGCAGAAUUAGCGGCACCCCUCUUGGCUCUUCAAAGAGAAAUCGGAUUCAGCCCUUCUUCAUAAGGUACUUAUCGAAGUACCUCAAGAGUUAUCAUGAUAUAACCGAAUGUUAACUUCCCCAGCUAUAGUUGUAUUCUCUGCAUUCUUUCG